CAGCGGCCGUUUCACCUUUAAUUUAAAACCGGAACAAACAGAUGAGGAGUGGAUCGGCCGCUGAAUGUUUUCUCAGGUGUUUAAUGUGAGUGUGAGGAAAAACUGCGUGUUAAUAAUAAGGUUUCUGAAGGGAACAGUAACUGUGAGCUCAUCUGGACCGCAGCUGGACACCAAACGAACUUCAAGAUGAUUCCUCAACAUUAGCUAAACAGCAGUGUUUCUUGUUUUGCUUUCUCCCGACGCGUCCUUAUUCAUGUGGAGGGAAUCACUUUAGGGUCUCUUAACGCGUCUGCGUCUCAAUGGCGGCGGCAUCAUUUGCCAGAACCAGGCGGAGAGUCAGCGAGGCGGCCGCGCUGCUGUGGCCGCUGCUCGGCGCGUGUCUCUGGGCUGCGGCGCUCGGCUACAAGCCGGUCAUCAUCGUCCACGGGCUGUUCGACAGUUCCGACGACUUCAAGAACCUCCAGCGGUUCAUUAAUGAGUCUCAUCCUGGGACCAAUGUGACGGUCAUCGACCUUUUCGACAGAGGUGCCAGCCUGAAGCCCAUGUGGAAGCAGGUGGAGGGAUUCAAGGCAGCCAUUUACCCAAUAAUGCAAAACGCUGCAGAUGGAGUUCAUUUCAUCUGCUACUCUCAAGGUGGACUCGUUUGCAGAGGGAUCCUCUCCACUCUACCCGACCACAACGUUCACUCGUUCAUCUCUCUGUCUGCGCCUCAAGCUGGGCAAUAUGGAGAUACAGACUACCUGAAGUAUCUCUUCCCUCAGUUUGUGAAGUCGAACCUCUACCACCUCUGUUACACGGCGAUCGGUCAGAGGGUUUCCAUCUGCAACUACUGGAACGACCCCCACCACAGAGACCUGUAUGUGAACUCCAGCGACUACCUGGCUCUGAUUAACAGCGAGAGACCAAACCCAAAUUCUACAGAAUGGAAGGAGAACUUCCUGAAGAUCCAGAAGCUGGUUCUGAUUGGAGGCCCGGACGACGGCGUCAUCACCCCCUGGCAGUCCAGUCAGUUUGGAUUUUAUGACGACAACGAGACGGUCAUCGAGAUCCAGCACCAGGAUCUGUACCUGAGAGACGUUUUUGGCCUGAAGACGCUGGCGGCCCGCGGCGACCUGUUCUUCUGCACCGUUCCGGGCGUCGAGCACGUCUGGUGGCAUUCGAAUGAGACGGUGUUCCACACGUGCAUCGAGAAGUGGCUGGUGUAGCCACACACACACUCACACAGACAGAUAUUCUGCUAUUUAUUAAGCUCAUACCAUCUUAAAAUCCAGAAAUAUCUGAUGACUGACCAUUUGAGUCAGAUAUCAAACAGCGAUUGCUGGAUUUAUUUCUUCUUUCUCAGUAAGUUGUUGCUUUUGCUAAUGAGAAAUCUUUAUUUAUGCUCAUAUUUAAAGAAGUUGUAAAUGUAUUUGUUUGCUCUCCUGGUAAGACUCCAGUGACAAGAAGAGAAUUUUAUUUUAAAUAUACUGCAGGUAACUUUUUAAAACAAAGUGCAACAAAAACACCCAAAUUUUACAUGUAAAAUUCAAAAUUUAUUUUUUUUAUCGGCAUUUUAUUGUUUUCUGUUGACCUCAAAAAGUUGUAAACGCAUCUAAAGUGGAUUUAAAUCAUUGGUCAGAGCAGGGAUGAGCUGAAAAAUGAUCCAGAAUUGAAAGAGUUCAUCACUCUUUGGUGUAAAAGCUGUUACAGAGUUAAGAAAACUCAAAAUUCAACCUGCAGGCAUUUUAAAGGAAACCAUUUUUUAAAAUAUGUCAAGGCGUCUCUUCAGUUCAGGAAAAGAGAGCCAGGCUUUCAGCACGUAACAGGAAGGCUGAAUGCAGUUCAGGAAAGUUGGUUUCUUUUGAAUUUUUAAAGGUUUUGUCAUAAAAAAUCUUUUGAUUUUGUUCUAUUUUGGUUCUUAAAUUGGAAUCAGGUUUUAUUGGCAGCUUAAAAAUUUACCGUCACUAUUUUGUGUCUAAUUACCAUUUGCUUAAGGUUUUUAUUGACUUCCUUCAGACUACUAAAAUAACUCAUUUUCAUUUUUAGACCUCCUGUGGCUUUGCAAGAGAUACUCAUAACACUGGCCCCAUAAUAUUAAACUUUUAUUUUAAGUGCUAACUUUGAAAUACAUUGCCACAGUUAAACAAAACCCAUGAGUUUUGUUUAACGUAUGUCAGCGACACCAUGCAAACCCGACCGUGCCUGAACGACCUGCUGUCGUCCUGUACAGAUGAUUACUGCCUUGCUCAUCUACUGCAGACAUUUAUAUCAUGUUUAACCAGAUCCUGACCUUUAUUAACCUUUUAUUGUCAGUGUGCAUGAAAAAGCUGAUCACCAGUAUCAGGGUUUUUCCUCAGAUUCAUGCAGUACUCUAGACAUGUUCUCCUACCGCUUUAGUGGAUUAAGCCUUAAAUGUUUUUAUUUUCCUUACAUGCCUCAGUGUUUCAUGUCCAAAGUGCUUUGACACACUGCCUUCAGUGACGGUGCUAAAAAUAAAUAAAUACAUCUAUUACAUUAUAUAGGUAUAAGUGUAAAGUAGUGCAAAGUGGCCAGUCAGGUAGUGAAGCGUUACUGAUCCACUAAAAGCUUACAGUUCUGGUCAGACAUCUACAAUCUCCUCCUCGUGGGAAUUCAGGUGUCAUUUAACUGAACAAGAUGCAAUGGAAACAUAAAAAAAAAACAAAUGGAUGCAAGUUACAGAUAAACUGACUUCAAUAAGCUUCUAAAAUAACUUCCUGUUGGUUAUUUGUCUGUUCUCUUUGCCACAAUUGGUAAAGUCAAAUAAACCUGUCCUACUGGUUUAUUUGCAGUAGGACCGGGUGAAAAAUCGAUUUUAUUGAUCUUUUUUUUUUGGGAAAAUGUGGAUUAUGUUCACCACUUCUUCAGAGUGAUUUCAGCGCGACCAAGGCAGCCAUCUUGUUUGUCAGGCUUAUUUUCCAGCUUCUCUUUAUUUCUGUUUUAAAUUCAGAUCAACUCUACGACAAAAUGUUAGUCCAGCUAAGAAUUUAUAUGUUUAAUUACGAGAAUAAAGUCAUAACUCGGACAAAGUCGUUCAUUAAAGCCUAAAAUGACGCAUCAAUUUUCAUGACGAGUGAUUAGUGCACAACUGUCGGAUCAGAACUGUACAUGUGGUGUUUGUUACCCUCCAUUACAUUUAGAUGACUCAGGCAUUUCACUGGUUUUCAUAUUUAGUGGAAAAGGGAUUCAUUUUUUUCCAAAAACUGGUUACAUUUUUAUGUUUGCUGAUUCUGCAACAUGUUUUAUUCAUGUAUAUUUAUCAAAAGAAGGGAAAUGGAAAUUUGUUUGUUAAUGUGUGGAGACGGGAAGUGAAUUAUCGAAGCGUGGAUUGCACAUGGAGCGAGAAGGGAACUCAUGAACAAAGUUUGCUUUCAAAUGUGUUCAAGCUGCUUACAAUUUUAUUUUUGUUUACUUUUUGUGUCAUUUAUUACAAGAAACCCAUAACUAAUGAGUAUGAAGGGACACCUUCUGUUCAUUUGUUCUGCUUUUACAACCAGAUAUUGUAAAUAAGGAACCUUUUUAAAACUAGAAUGACUAUUUUGGAAGUUUCUACAGUGUUUGUCCUGCAAAUGAAAAGAAACUAAAAGCUGACAUUUUCUCAAUAAAUACAUUUGAACAUA